GUCAACGUAAUCGAUUUAAACACGAACAAAUGGUAAACACACUAAUUUUUUAAGAUGUCGUUUAUCUGUUGUUCGGAACAUAAUAAUUUGAUCAAUUACAUAAAUUCAUUAAACAACUUGAAACUUUGCGAAUCUGAAAAAUACUUUUUACCCACCGAAGUAGCGAUACAUAAUAAAUCAAAUGACUGUUGGGUUUCUUGUAACGGCAUCGUUUACGAUCUGACCGAUUUAUGUAAAUUGUGGUUAUGUACACGAGCGAUAAAACCUCUAAUAGCACACGCAGGAAAAGAUAUCAGUCAUUGGUUCGAUCAUAAUCGAAAGGAUAUUAAAUAUUACGUCCACCCUGUUACCGGUGUUUUAGUACCAUAUUGUCCACAUGGACCAAUACCGGAUGUAUCCGAUUAUGUCGUACCUUCCACUGCUUGGCGACCGUUAAACAAAUGUCCAUGGUGGUUAGACGAAAAGUACAUGUUAGGCAAACUCACAAAAAAUCCACGACCAUGUAGAAUUAUCAAUGUUCUUACCGGAACGAGUUGUGUUAUAAUGGUUUGCGAAGAGGAUACGAUUAGACGUAUUCAAGAACGUGCUUUAUUAUUUAAUCCACAUGGACAAAAUUACUCAUGGAAAUUUGAAGGAAAAGAUAUCAAUCUGGAUUGUACAUUAACGGAAAAUAAUAUUCCGGACGAACGUAAACGGUUCCUAGCUUUAGGGCUUCGCGAGGAUUAUUAUAUUCCAAGUCUUAUGUGUUAUUAUAUCGAUAAGUAUGACUAGAACGAAUCCGAUUGAAAUUACAGACGACAUAAUAAUAAUUAAUUAUUGCCGAAAAGUCAAUAAUAUCAUUAUUUUUUUUAUUUCGUGAACUUUAAUAAGAAAUUUUCUACCUUAUCGGAUGUCUCACAUAGUACUUAUCUCUAUACAAAGAUGACACCACUGUCCUCAGAUACAAUUGGAAUUGCUAUUGGAGUUCUUAUAUAUGAUGGAAAAAUAAUUGAAGACAAUAAUCAAUA